AUGGUUGCAUCUUCAACGUACGAACAGGACAAAGAACCUAUAUUUAAAGCGAAUAACCCAACCAAGACUUCUGAUCAAAAUUGGACAGCUCUUUACAUUCAAGCUAAAACGUUGACUGAACAAAAUGAUCCCGAAAUUGACAUUAGCAAGAAAGAUAUCUCUUUUUGUAUACAUGUUAUGUUGCAGAUUCUGAUGGCAAUUAAACAUGAAUCAGGUUUAUUUUCGGAUAUUGUGGACUCUUCAGAAUGGGAUUAUAUUGUGAAGUUUUGGGGUCCGAUUACACAACGAUUAUUGUACUUCAAUGGUUUACGCCUGAAAUGGGGGGAUACACAUUUGACUAUGCACAGCCGCGGACUCGGUAGCGGAAACCCGCAACAUGUUGCGUAA